AUGAAAAUAGUUGUACCAACUGUCAAAAAGAAACUACAACAAAUUUUGCUGUCAAAACACAUGUGUGCUUGCAGUGGGUUUACGACGGUGUGCUAUUGAUAUGUUCGAAAGUAAUUCUGAAAGGACUCGGAGGGUUUAAGUGGUGACAGUCAUCAGUUCGGUGCCUGUCUAUUAUUUUCGCGGUUAUUUAAAGCAGUUUAGGAUUGUUAUUAUUUAAAGCUAAUGUGAAGUGAAUGUGCGAAGCCCGUUAUAUUUUUCUGAAAGUUAAAAUUAACAGGAAUCUAGUAUCCCAAAAUGACUUCGUUAUUUGACCAGUAUGAACAAGCUUCUCAGCGUGUGAGAGGAACAACCGCACCAAUUAUUCGCCCAGAGAUGAGUACAACAGGUUUCAUACAUAUGAAGUUGGAAGAGGAAACACCAAUAUUCAGUAAACACAAAGUCAAUUUUUCGCCUGCGGAAAGUAUAACACAUCUAGCUGUCAGUAAUGAUCACGUUGUAGUAGCCAUGGCAAAUUAUGUGCUUUUAAGAAUUAGUGUUCAGCCACCAGAGAAGAAAGAAGAAAUAGAUCUGGGGAAAUACGCAAACCAGUUCAAGCUUGGUGGUCUGUUCCUUGAUCCAACAGGAAACCAUGUACUUCUGAGCAUGAUUUCACGGCAUACAGAUCAUGGUUCUGAACUGUUUUAUCUUUCAAAGAAAUCUAUCAAACCUAGUAAGGUUAGUAGGAACAAGAACCAUGAAGUCACAGCUGUUGGAUGGAAUCAUGCUAAUGAAUCUGAGUCAGUCACUGGGCCAAUACUUCUUGGGACAUCAAAAGGAUUAAUCCUUGAAGCAGAAAUGAGUUUUGAAGGUGACAAAAUAUUCCAGACGGGACAGCAGUAUUGGAAACAGCUCCCAAGCUAUCUGCCUCUGUACGGAACUAGAGAAGUUGAUGGUCUGGUGUUUGAUAUUGGCAAAGGAGAGAAUGUACCAAUAACAGGAUUGGAAUUCCAUCGAAUACCUAGUACAGAUACAUAUUUCAUUCUUGUGACAACUCCUUGUCGCUUGUAUCAGUUCAUUGGCAGUGUGACAAAUGCUGAAGAAAAAUUAUUUUUCACACAGAUAUUCAGCAGCUAUAUAUCAAAUCCAGAACGAUUUCAAGAAAUCCCUAGCAGUUUGAAAUAUUCCAGACUAGAGUUUCAUUACCAGACACCUAAAGGACUCCCAAAAAUCAUCGCUUGGCUAACUGAGCCUGGAAUAUUUUAUGGACAGCUUGACACUAGCAAUAGUGAUUCUGUCCUGAGCAACAGCCAGCUGCUGCAUUACCCUGCACCAUCUGAAGGGGCUCCACUUGCAUUUGUCAUCACAGAAUUUCAUACAUUAUUGCUUUUUGCAGACCAUGUGAAGGGAGUUUCCUUGCUAAAUCAUGAAUUGAUAUUUGAAGACUACUUCAGUGAGAGUGUAGGAAAACUAGUCAGCGUAACAAAGGAUCCUAUUAGAGGCACCAUUUGGGUAUAUACAGAAAAAGCUGUGUUUCGUUACAAAGUAACACAGGAAGAAAGAAAUGUGUGGCAGAUAUUUGCGAAGAAAGGGGAGUUUGAAUUGGCAAAGCAAUAUUGUAGAGACAACCCAGCACAUUUGGACCAAGUACUUGUAAAGGAAGCUGAAAUGUACUUCAAUAAAAAAGAAUAUGAGAAGAGUGCUAUCCGUUAUGCAGAAACACAUUCUUCAUUUGAAGAAAUUGCUCUGAAAUUUCUACAAGCUUGGCAAAUUGAAGCAUUGAACACAUUUCUCAAGAAGAAAUUGGAAGGCCUGAGGCCUCAAGACAAAACACAAGUCACAAUGAUUGUAAUGUGGGUCCUGGAACUCUUUCUUAACCAGUUGGGUUGUUUACGUGAUGAAGGGAAAGAGAGAACUCAACAGUACAGCAGUUUGCAGAAAGAACUAGACAGUUUCUUAAACCAACAACAAGUACAGGAAUGUGUCAAAAACAACAGAGGUACUGUUUAUGACCUUAUGGCGAGCCAUGGUGAUAAGCACAACCUUAUAAGGCUAACAAUAAUGAACAAGGAUUUUGAAAGAGUAAUUCGUCAUCAUAUCAAUGAAAAUAGCUAUUUGGCAGCACUUGAUGUGUUAAAGACUCAAAACAGGAAGGAACUCUUUUACCAGUUUACACCCGUGCUAAUACAGGCAAUUCCUCGAGAAACAGUGCAAGUCCUCAUUGAAAAAGGUCGAAGCCUUAGUCCAACUAAACUACUGCCAGCACUUGUGAGCUGUGACCGUGAGCAGGCUAAUGAGGCUAUACGAUAUCUUGAAUUCUGUGUUAAUACCCUACACUGCCAACAACAAGCUAUCCACAACUAUCUGCUGUCACUUUACGCUAGAAUGAAGCCAGAUGAGCUUAUGCAUUAUCUUGCCUCACAGGGUCAAGAACCAAGUAUGGUGUGCUAUGAUAUUCACUACGCCUUACGGCUUUGUCGUGAGCUUCACCUGACUGAGGCCUGUGUCCAGUUGUCAGCACUGCUUGGCCUGUGGGAAGCAGCAGUAGACCUUGCACUGACUGUGGAUGUUGGACUGGCAAAGCAAACGGCGAAUUUACCUCAGGCAGACAGUGAUCUGCGUAAAAAGUUGUGGCUGAAAAUUGCUCAGCAUGUGGUCAGUGAGAAGAAUGAUAUCCAGCAGGCUAUGCAGUUUCUUCAGGAAUGUGAUCUCAUCAAAAUUGAAGACAUCCUUCCAUUCUUUUCAGACUUUGUCACAAUUGAUCACUUUAAGGAUGCAAUCUGCACUUCACUGCAGGAAUAUAACCAGCAUAUUCAGGAUCUUAAAGAAGAAAUGGAAGAAGCAACCAAAUCAGCUGAAGUUAUUAGAGAAGAAAUCCAAGCUUUCCGAAACAGGUAUGCUCGUGUGCAAGUGCGAGAUGUUUGCUGUGAAUGUGAACUACAGCUGUUGAUGCGUCCAUUUUACCUUUUUCCAUGUGGUCAUCGUUUCCAUGGUGAUUGUCUACUGGCUGAAGUCACUCCUGUCUUACCUGCAGGAAAGAGAAAUAAGUUACAUGAGUUACAGCGACAGCUGCAGAGUAUGUCUGGCAGAGAUGAUGCUGUUUCUCUGGGUUCAGCAACCAUGUCUGCAAGGGACCAAUUGAAGGCUGAUAUCGACAGUAUUAUUGCAUCAGAAUGUUUGUACUGUGGAGAAUACAUGAUUAGGUCUAUUGAUCGACCAUUCAUUGAUGAUGAAGACUAUGAGAGAGUAAUGAAGGAAUGGGAAUAGUGUUUGCAGAUGUGUUCAAACCCUGCAAGUGCUGUUGUUUAUUUUUUAAAAUCUUUUUUUUUUUAAAGAGACCCUUAGUGCGCCAGAAAAAGAGAAAAUAAGAAUAAUUCAGGUUCACAUUGUCUGUAUUCUGCUUGAAUUUAAAUAGCUUAAUAUUGACAUUUUGUAAAUAAUUUGUAGAACUGUAUAAACAUUUAAACAUUGAAUUAUGUGCAAUAAAUUCCCAUUUUUUGAAAAAUGGGCUAUAAUUUGUAAACUUGUUUGUUUCAGUGCCAGGCAUUUCAUGAUUGUGUAAAAUCACAAAAUUAAAGAAGAAAUAAUAAAAGUUUAUAUCUGUUUAAUGUCA